AUAAUAAUAAUAAUAAUAAUAAUAGACCUAUUGCUUCCAUCUCUUCAUCUUCUAUGGGAACUUCACAAGUAUCUGCAUCAGGCAUAUCAUCUUUAUCAGCCUAUGGUGAAGGAGCAGUCGUUGCCAAUGUAGCUAGUCCUGGGAAUGCUAGUACAUGUUCUGUAGUUAGACGUCGAAAUCAAAUCAUCACACCUGAAAUGGCUUAUGCUAGUGCAACAAAGCCAUUUAGCUAUGCCGAUGGAUAUCAUUAUUUAAUUAAUUAUGUAAAAACAAGAAUGAGUAGAGAAGACUUGAUGAGAAUUAGUAGAGCGCUGGCGCUAUUCAGACCUUCUGUAUUAGCGUCUAUGAUGAAUUUAACUGAAGAUGAUUUAAUUUUUACAGAAAAAUGUUUACAGCGUACACUAUUAGAAUAUGAAAAAUUAAUUAGUUAUUCAGGCACACCCACAGUUGUAUGGAGAAGAACAGGCGAAAUUGCAUUAGUAGGAAAAGAAUUUUCAUUAUUGACACAAUGGUCUCGAGAUAUGUUAUUAAACAAGAAAACAUAUAUUUAUGAGCUUAUGAGUAAUCCUUCAGCUGUAGAAUAUUGGGAGAAAUAUGCUUUACAUGCAUUUGAUAAUACAGACUCUGCAGUUUAUAGUACAUGUAUCUUGAUGAGUCCUACAAAACGAAUAGUUCCAUGUACAUUUUGCUUUACUAUUAAACGUGAUAUAUUUGAUCUACCUAGUGUAAUCAUUGGAAAUUUUUUACCAAUAUUAAGUUAGUGGUAU